GUGGUGAAGAGGCUCGUGACGUCACGUAAACACCAUACAAGCGUUUUGGGUGCGGAGACGCUUACUUUUCGCAUCCGAGGGAGUAUUUUGAAAUCGCCUCUUUGAUCGCCCCAUCCUUUAUUCUCAUGUGUUUCAGAGAAACAGCAAUCGGACUUUUUUUUCAUAGAGGGAGGACAACACCAUUGGCAUUAAAAGACGGACUCAUGAGGCUGGACAUGAACGAUAUUCUUUCAUAGAGAAGGUCUAGUUUUGAGUGAGAUGGCCAUGCCUCUACAAUGCCACGGGACAGUUUUGUUGGCUGUGGCCUUUUUUUUCCUGCCUUGUAUCACUUCCUCGCUUAACCUGGAAGAUCCAAAUGUCUGCAGCCACUGGGAGAGAUAUUCAGUGACAGUUCAAGAGUCGUACGCCCAUCCCUUUGACCAGAUUUAUUACACCAGCUGCACAGACAUCCUCAACUGGUUCAAGUGCACCAGACACAGGGUAAGCUACCGGAUUGCGUAUCGGAGAGGAGAGAAGACGAUGUACCGUAGGAAGUCCCAGUGCUGUCCAGGCUUUUUUGAAAACGGCGACAUUUGUGUUCCUCAUUGUGCAGAGAGCUGUGUUCACGGCCGCUGUAUGGCCCCCAAUACCUGCCAGUGUGAGCCUGGAUGGGGGGGUUCCAAUUGCUCCAGCACUUGCGACAGUGGCCACUGGGGUCCCCACUGCAGCAACAGAUGUCAGUGCCAGAACAAAGCUCUGUGUAACCCCAUCACUGGAGCCUGUAUCUGCAGUCCCGGAUACAGAGGAUGGCGUUGUGAGGAAGUGUGUGAGGUGGGCACCUAUGGUAAUGGAUGUCAGCAGAAGUGCCAGUGCCAAAAUGGGGCUACUUGUCACCACGUGACUGGGGAAUGCAAGUGCUCACCAGGAUACACUGGAGCUUUCUGUGAGGAUGCAUGUCCUCCAGGUAAACAUGGACAACAGUGUGAAGAGAGGUGUCCCUGCCAGAACGGCGGCAUAUGUCAUCAUGUGACCGGGGAAUGCUCUUGUCCGGCAGGAUGGAUGGGCACUGUAUGUGGACAGCCAUGUCCAGAGGGAAGAUUUGGCCCAAAUUGUUCCCAAGAAUGCCAAUGUCACAACAAUGCCUUAUGUAGUUCAUCCACUGGACAGUGUCUCUGCAGCCCCGGAUACACGGGAGAACGGUGUCAGGAUGAAUGUCCAGUUGGUACUUACGGUGCUGGCUGUACGAAAAGAUGUCGCUGUAAAAACAGUAGUAAAUGCUACCAUAACUAUGGAAACUGCUUGUGUGAGCCAGGCUUCACAGGCCAGAUGUGUGAUGUCCGACUGUGUCCCAAAGGAAACUAUGGCCUAUUGUGUGACAAGAAGUGUCCAUGCUAUUCCCAGAAUAUGCAGAGUUGCCAUCCAAUGUCAGGGGAGUGUACAUGUCUGUCAGGUUGGUCUGGACUCUACUGCAAUGAGACGUGCCGUCCAGGAUUCUAUGGCGAAUCCUGCCAGCAGGUGUGCCAGUGCCAGAAUGGUGCAGACUGCCACAGUGUUACAGGAAAAUGUUUUUGUGCUCCAGGCUUCUUGGGUUUUGACUGUUCAGUCCAAUGCCCAGCAGGAUCUCAUGGAGUGAAUUGCUCCUCCACCUGUAAUUGUAAGAAUGGAGCGCAGUGUUCACCAGUGGAUGGAUCCUGCUUUUGUAAACCAGGGUGGCACGGAGUGGACUGUUCCAUCAACUGCCCCAGUGGUACGUGGGGUCUUGGCUGUAACAUGACCUGUCUGUGUGGGAACGAAGGUGCUUGUGAUGCAGUGACUGGUCACUGUACUUGUGCUGCAGGCUGGAGAGGAAAUAAAUGUGACCUGCAGUGCCAGGAUGGUACCUACGGUCUUGACUGUAAAGAGCGCUGUGACUGUAGUCAUGCUGACGGAUGUCAUCACACCACUGGGUACUGCCACUGCCUGGCUGGAUGGACUGGUAUCCACUGCGACAGUGUGUGUGCAGAGGGCCGCUGGGGCCCAAACUGCUCCCUAACCUGUAACUGUAAGAAUGGAGCAUCCUGCUCUCCUGAUGAAGGAACAUGUGAGUGUGCACCAGGAUACAGAGGCAGCACCUGUCAGAGGAUCUGCUCUCCAGGUUACUUUGGUCACCGUUGCAGUCAGACGUGUCCCCAUUGUGUCCACAGUAAUGGACCAUGCCACCAUGUGAGUGGACAGUGUGACUGUCUGCCAGGCUUUAAGGGGUCACUUUGCAAUGAGGUGUGUCCCAGUGGUUACUAUGGGAAGAAAUGUGCCUUGAGCUGCACUUGCACCAACAACGGCACCUGCAACCCUAUUGAUGGCUCCUGUCAGUGUUUUCCGGGAUGGAUCGGCAAUGACUGCUCUCAGCCAUGUCCUCCCACUCAAUGGGGACCCAACUGCAUCCACACAUGUAACUGUCACAACGGCGCCUAUUGCAGUGCCUAUGAUGGAGAAUGCAAGUGCACCCCAGGAUGGACCGGCCUUUACUGCACACAACGUUGUCCAUUAGGAUUUUAUGGGAAGGAUUGUUCUCAGAGAUGCCAAUGCAGGAAUGGAGCAGACUGUGAUCACAUCUCUGGACAAUGUACCUGUCGCACUGGCUUCAUGGGUCAGCACUGUGAACAAAAGUGUCCCCUUGGUUCAUAUGGAUAUGGGUGCCGGCAGGUGUGUGACUGUCUCAAUAACUCCACUUGUGAUCACAUCACUGGUACAUGCUACUGUAACAAUGGCUGGAAGGGGGCCCGCUGUGACCAAGCUGGUGUUGUUGUUGACAGCCUCAACACCUUCACGAGUGCUGCAGUGCAAGUGGACAACUACCAAAUUGGAGCCAUUGCAGGAAUUAUUGUGCUGGUGCUGCUUGUGCUCUUUCUCCUCCUCCUCUUCAUUAAGUACAGGAAAAAGCAGAAAGGAAAAGAACCUCCCAUGGCAGUGACGUACACUCCUGCCAUGACGGGGACCACUGACUACACAAUCACAGAUGCUCAUCUACCACGUGACGUGCACCCCAGUAACUACUUCUCCAAUCCCAGCUACCACACUCUGACCCAGUGCACGAGCCCACAACAUAAUAACUCUCCAUAUAGAAAAGGUAAAAGCAACACGUUUGUGAACUUGAAGAAUGUGGAAGACAGAAAGAGAUGUCCUCUUGCUGAUGCCACUGGCACAUUGCCGGCAGACUGGAAACAUAGGGACUGCUUCAGUGAACUUGGAGUAGACAGAAGAUGCAUGGGCAAGUCUUUGCGAGACCUGGUGAAAGGCAUACCAUAUCAUGGAAGCUCCAGCUCCUUGAACAGCUCUGAAAACCCCUACGCCACUAUCAAGGACCCUCCCAUGCUGACAACGAAAAACACUGAAUGUGGCUAUGUGGAGAUGAAGUCACCUGCCAGACGGGAUUCACCCUACGCUGAAAUCACUACAAGCAGCCAUCUGACGAAUAACAAGAAUGUCUAUGAAAUUGAGCCAACUGUAAGCACUAUUCAUGGCACUGGACAAAGUAGUGACUGCCAGCAGCCAGGCCAGGACCCAUACGAUCUACCAAAAAACAGCCAUAUCCCUUGUCACUAUGAUGUUCUACCAGCCCGAGAAAGUCCAACAUCAGAUGACAAGGAGCUGGAUAGUGACUGACAACAGAGACUCACCGCAGAAAUACCUUUUUCAACUCCACAACUGGAAGCAUCAAAAGUUUGCUUAUUUUCUUCCAUUUUUGUGAUGUGUUUUAAGCCUUCCCUUUAUAACAUUUAUAAACAUAGUGGGGAUAUAAAUUUGCAUUUUCAACUGAAACCUUUUUUUUUUCCCCCCAAGUGAUUGAAGAUAAAUAGUUUCAUACAUGUCAUUUAUAGCACCCCAGAAUGUUUUAUAUAAGCGGGAUGUUUCCAAGCAGCACAGUGGAGUAAGAUUUUACACUAACCUAAAUCAAUUUAUGAGUAAAUUGAGGCAAGAUCACCGUUAUUUCACUAUUCAUACUUUUUGUUACAUUUUCGUUUGUUUGUGUGCUGUGAGAGUUUUCUUAUGUAAAAUGGACGCCUUGGCUCAACAAAGGUUGGGACACACUGAAUUAAGUGAAUCUGAAAAUUUCCCACUGGUGUGAAUGUGACAAGUUGUAGUAGUAGUCGUGUAAUUAUAAAGUCAAACAUUUUCGUGCAUUAACACCAUCCGUGUUCACAGUUUCAUGUGAUAAAUAUCAUAUCUGUCCCUCAGAAAGAGCUACAAGGACAAAAAUCACCUCUUUUGUUGCAGUUGUUUGAUCAUCAGCUAGAAGUGCUUUGAAACAAGUAUUGUAGAAUAUUACCCGAUAUACAGUACUGUGUUCAACAAUUGACAUGACAUUAUUCUCGUAAUAUCAUAAUCAUCUCUUAUUAUUUUGUACAUUAGCAGUGUGUUUUGGGAUGGGGGGGUUAUCUUGUGAACAAGGUGAGAAUGUUAGAGCAGGAAUUCUGACAGGAAUAUAAACGCAGUACAUGAGGUUGAUGUAUGUGACUGACAAAACGUAAGAGAGGCAGGGGCAUGGCUCAAGGAAGAGAGUCCUGGAAAAAGCCUUCAUAGCUGUUCUGAAUACGUACUGCAAGUGAAGGUGCAAGACCUCUCUCUGAUAUGAUUACAUGUAGUGGUUUGUAUUUGGUACUUGUUAAAACUGUCAAGUUUCAACGAUUGGGACUAAUUUGACAUUGGGCAGUCAAACUUAUUGACCAUGUCUGAUUGAAAAUUCCAAGUCAAUAGGGAGCAUGAGUGGCCUUCGAGUAUCAAACGAAUCAAAAGAUGCAAACCCAAUCCCAAUGGAGUUGGGACUUUGUGCUAAACAAAUAAAAAACGGAAUACAGUGAUUUCCAAAUCAUGUUCAAACUAUAUUUAAUUGGGUACGCUACAAAGACAAGAUAUUUCAUGUUCA